UUUUUCCUGUUACAGUCCGCUAGAUGGUGUAAUGGUUUAUGCAGCGGAGUUGAAACGCGACGUUUCUUUCCACCCUUCGCCUGCAGGCUUGCUGUUUUUCUUUUCUCAGUCCCUCCAGUUGUUUCCUGAGUCACAAAGGCCACUUUAAAUGUAGCACCAGGACAAGAUGGCGGAUUUAUCCCUGCUUCAGGAAGAUUUGCAGGAGGAGAUUGACGGAUUUGGUGUGGAUGACUACAGCUCAGAGACUGAUGUCAUUAUUGUACCUUCAGCCCUGGACUUUGUUUCACAAGAUGAGAUGUUGACGCCUCUGGGAAGACUGGAUAAAUACGCUGCAAGUGAAAACAUCUUUAACAGACAAAUGGUGGCUCGGACUUUACUGGAUACUUUAAAGGCAGUAAGUGAGGAUGAGAGGGACUGCAUCGCUGUGCUGGAGCGGGUUAGCAGACUGGCAGAUGAUUCGGAGCCGACAGUGCGAGCUGAAUUAAUGGAGCAGGUCCCUCAUAUAGCUAUUUUCUGCCAAGAAAACAGGCCUUCCAUUCCUUAUGCUUUCUCCAAAUAUUUAUUACCGAUUGUGGUUGCAUACCUUGCAGACCAAAAUAAUCAGGUUCGAAAGACAAGUCAGGCAGCACUACUGGUGCUGCUAGAGCAGGAACUCCUUGAGAGAUACGACAUUGAGACCAAAGUGUGUCCGGUCCUCGUGGACCUGAUAGCCCCCGACAGCAACGAUGAUGUGAAAACAGAAGCCAUGGCCAUAAUCUGUAAAAUGGCACCUAUGGUGGGGAAAGAUAUCACAGAACGACUCUUCCUCCCCAGGUUUUGUGAGAUGUGCUGUGACUGCAGGAUGUUUCAUGUUCGCAAGGUAUGUGCAGCCAAUUUCGGAGACAUCUGUACUGUGGUGGGCCGAGAGGCUACAGAGGAGUUGCUGCUGCCCCGGUUCUUCCAGCUCUGCUCUGAUAACGUGUGGGGGGUACGGAAAGCCUGUGCAGAGUGCUUCAUGACUGUUUCCUCUGCAACGUCUCAGGGAGUCCGAAGGACAAAGCUCUCCUGCCUCUUUAUCAACCUCAUCAGCGACCCCUCCAGAUGGGUUCGACAAGCUGCCUUUCAGUCUCUUGGCCAGUUUAUCUCUACGUUUGCGAACCCUGCAAGCUCUGGUCAGUAUUUCAAAGAGGAAGAGGAGCCAGAAGCCACUACCAGCACACAGCUCCAUAGCAGUUCUGAAACAGAGACACCAGCAGCAGAUUCAGAGCCCAAAGUGCCUUCUUCUAAUUGUGGGGUCAGCAUUUGUGGGGAAGAUGCAGCCACUGAGACUGAGGUGAAUGGCCAACGCUGUUGCAAGACGGGAGAGAACUCACAGUCUUCUGAGCUAUUGCAGAACACCCAGUCUCGGGCGACGGAGGAGAAACCCCAGUGCUGUGAGACAAGGGAGAGCGAGCCAUGCUGUGACAUCAAAAACCAUUGGUGUUGCCGAAUAGAAGAGGACCAGCAGUUCUGUGACUCAACAUCAUCUAGCAACCAACAAGGAGAGGAGGAGGAGGACAGCCAAGUGUUUCCGUCUCUACAGGACUCUGCUGCACAGAACUGUGGGGGAACCACUUGUGAGAGCCAGCCUUUAUUCUAUACUUCCAGUCAUUCAAAACCAGCAGACAUCAGCACCACCUCCUCCUCCUCCUCCUCCAAUACACUGUCAGGGACCAUCUCUAAGGAUAAACCCAUCCCUGAGCAUGAACUGUACAACUCAUUCCAUUACUGGAGGAAUCCCCUCCCCCUCAUCGACCUGGAGCUGGAGCUGCAGCAGGCGCAGGAAGCCCAAGAGACACAGAAGGGAUUCCCAAAGCCCCUUUCGCCACGGAGCCCAUUGUCUUCCAUCAGCCCAGCCCGGAGGAAGGAGCUGGAAGAAAUGAUAGAGAAUCUUGAGCCGCACGUCGAUGACCCUGAUGUUAAAGCACAAGUUGAUGUGUUGACUGCCGCCCUGAGAGCCUCAACGCUGGAAUCCCAGCUGGAAAACUCUACCCACGAGCCUUUUGAUAACAGGAUUGAGACCCAGAGGGAAGCAGCCACCCCAGACCACUUCAGUACAGAUGCAGUGCCUUUAAUCACCGACACAGCAGAUAAAGAGCAGAGCCUUGGAUCCACCCUGGGGUUCAUCCACCGGGACCAAUCAGAGAUGAGCGACUGCAGCCUCAGCCCAGAGGAAGAGAGGAAAUGCAAACAGCAGGAUGUUGUACCUCAGGCCCUGCUAGACCAGUACCUGUCCAUGACAGAUCCCUCUCGAGCUCAGACUGUAGAUACUGAGAUUGCCAAACAUUGUGCUCACAGCCUCCCCGGAGUGGCACUUACCCUGGGCAGGCAGAACUGGCACUGUCUGAAGGACACCUAUGAAACCCUGGCCUCUGACAUGCAGUGGAAGGUGCGAAGAACACUAGCCUUCUCUAUCCACGAGCUGGCCAUCAUCCUGGGAGACCAGCUAACUGCAGCAGACCUCGUCCCCAUCUUCAAUGGCUUUCUCAAAGAUCUGGAUGAAGUUAGGAUAGGAGUCCUCAGGCACUUGUAUGACUUCCUAAAGCUGCUGCACAAGGAGAUGAGGAGGGAAUAUCUUUACCAGUUGCAGGAGUUCCUGGUCACGGACAACAGCAGAAACUGGCGCUUCAGAGCAGAGCUGGCUGAGCAGUUGGUUCUGCUGCUGGAUCUCUACUGCAGCAAAGAUGUAUAUGAUUAUUUGAGGCCUUUAGCAUUCAGCCUUUGUACGGACAAAGUUUCUUCGGUCCGCUGGACCUCUUAUAAGCUGAUUCGUGAGAUCAUAAGAAAGCUUUCUUCAGAUUCAGCAUUGGUUGCAGAUUUCAUGGCUGAGCUUGUCGCUAAUUUCUGCCACUGCCCUAAAUGGUCGGGUCGCCAGGCUUUUGCCUUUGUCUGCCAGUCUGUGAUUGAAGAUGACUGCGUCUCCAUGGACCUGUUCGCUGAGCACAUGCUGCCUCCACUCCUACAGCUGGCGUGUGACCCUGUUCCCAACGUCCGAGUCCUCCUCGCCAAAAUCCUCCGGCAUAGCCUUCUAGAAAAAGACUAUUUCAUACACUCUGCCAGCUCACACCAGGAAGCCUUGGAGCAGACCUUGAUGGCACUCCAGAUGGAUCUGGACAAGGACGUCCAGUACUUUGCCAGCGUGCACCCUGCCAGCACCCGUUUAGCUGACGAUGCCAUGAGCACAACCUCUUCCACAUACUGAGCACCCCCAGCCAAUUCCCAGCAGCAUUGCCUAUACGCUGCUGUCCCUAGGAAGAGCUCCAGAGGGCAGCAGGAUAGAGAUGAUGGAGAGACUUCACCCCACCCCACCCCACCUACCCACAGGUCUACAAGGAGAGAAUUUCUCUCUAAACUACCUGAGAAAGGGUGGCAGUUUAGCCACACAGUGAAUACUGGCACUACAGUAGCACAGCCACUUUGGAAUGACUAAGAAUGCUUAGAGAGGGCAUGUGUCACAGACAUCUACCUGAAUCUGUCUCUCUUUCCCUCUCUUUUUACUUGAUAUUGCUUUCCCAAUUUUAUUUUCUUGCCACAGAAGCCUUAAGAGAGUCUUCCUAAAAUUAAAAAAUAUAUACUUGAAUGCUUAGAGCGGGUUUGGUUAAAGAAAGAAGAUUUCACUUCUCAUAUCAUUCCUCGGUGUAAAAAUGUGUUGUUUUUUUUGGGGGGGGGGGAUUUUUUUAACAGUUAUUCUUAGCAGCAAAGGCCAGUAAAACAGAGCUUUAAAAAUAGUCUAAUUUACAGUGUAGUUUUUGUCUUAUCUGUGUAAAUGACUUCAUCACAAGCUGCAUAGAGUGUACAGUCCUCGCCUUCUGUGAACUCAAGAAUUGUUUGGAAAUGUAGCACAGUUCUUAAGGGCUUAGCGCUGCAAUGUUAUGUUUUUAAACUCUAAUGCAGCACAUUGCUGUACCCAUGUGCAGAACCAAUGAGGAGUUGGUUGUGUAUUAUUGAUAAAACUGUUUUUUUUUUGUUUUUUUUUUUAAAGCUGCCACGUUGAGUAAAUAAAAAUAAAUAAAAGGGUAAGCACAUAUACUUGAAGUCAGGUAUUUGAACUUGAUCAUGAAAUACUGCACCUUCUAUUUUGCUUUUCCUUUCGAUUAUCUUCAUGUUCUGUACAUAUCUACGGGCCAUCAUUACGAUAGUCUUUGGCCAUGUUUUUUAUUGUGAUACAAGUUUGUUCUCUACCUGUCCAAAUAAAAUAAAUGCAGACAGUGCUGUUGGCUUUAAAGUUCACUACAUUGCUGUUGAACCAACCAGUCCUUGUAAACAGCACAACUGCCAGCAAUAAUACAAAUUUCUUGAUAUGAAUCAGAUCUAACCAACUUCACUAUAUAGCAUCCCUGUCAACUAGUUUAAUGCAUUAGUUAUGUAAGGCUGUUUUCACUUUACAUUUUUGAGCAGGACAUUGACUGUUGCUGUUGAUGUACUUAAUAGGUACAGGAGAUGUAAUACUGCUAAAGGUUUUUUGAAGUGAUUUAUCCUUCCACUUGACAUUGAACUACAUAUUUUUUCUCUUAAUAUUUCUGAAAUACAACGUUCUGUUUGCGUGAUGGUGGGCCCAGUAUAUAAAUACAUAAUGGCCCACAAUCAUUUCAAUUUUACUCCUAAAAUAUCAUGUUUCCUUGGUGUGUCUACUGUGUUUUUCACGGGCUUGUACUUCUGACCAAUGCAGAUACUGGCAGUCUGGUUGGUUUACAAUAGCCAAUUAUAGUGUUAGCUAUACAUGCUAUUUGUCCUGUAGCAGUUGGAGCUAUUUCCGAGCAAAACUGAUAUAUUUAUUUUAAACACAUCUUGGGCAGUACUACUAAAAUAAUUGGUCCAAUUUCUGUAAACUGUUACAUCCUCUAAAAUAAUGAGUCUCUUAAUGAUGAAAACCCUCAAGGCUGUGGUGUGUCUUUCAAUAAAAACAUUCCGAAGCGGGUUAUUUUUUUCUAUUUUAA